ACAGUCGGACGGAUGGACGACAGAAACACAAACACUUCUUGUUUUUGUCCAACAGGACAGGAACGUUACGGGAACAUGACCCGGGUGUAUUACAGAGAAGCUGUGGGAGCUCUGGUGGUCUUCGACAUGACGAGGCUGUCCACGUUCCAGGCUGUCCUCAAGUGGAAAGGAGAUCUGGAUUCAAAGGUCACCCUGAGCAAUGGAAGGCCGGUUCCAGCGGUUCUGUUGGCCAACAAAUGUGACCAGCGUAGUCACGGUUUGUGUACCAAACUUCCCACACUGGACAGCUUCUACCAGGCGCACGGGUUUGUUGGCUGCUUCGAAACCUCUGCCAAGGCAAGACGCAGAUUUUAUUUUCAGACAGCAAAUUGGGCAUUUGUUUGUGCUUAA